GCGAACAACGUACUAAUACAUUCAGGCGUCUGCACCCAUCUUGGCUGCGUCCCCAUCGGCGAAGCCGGCGACUUCGGCGGCUGGUUCUGCCCGUGCCACGGUUCCCACUACGACAUCUCCGGCCGCAUAAGAAAGGGUCCUGCACCUCUCAACCUUGAAGUACCCGCAUACGAAUUCCCAGAGGAUGGAAAGGUAAUUAUCGGAUAGAGAGUUCGCUAUGUGUAAAUUAGAAAAUAUCAUCCGAGAAUGGAAGAGAGGUUGAGCUGGAAUGGGCAUGGCAGGCUUGGUGUGGCACUGUGUUGAUAGGCGAAGCCAUCACAUGUUUUCUGUCUCUGCGAUUCAUAGAUCUGGAUUGUGUGGUAGGAAUGUAUUGCUUAGAGUCCUUCACCGCCGAGGACAUGGACGUGAGAAUUGUGAGUCUAUAUCAGGCGAAGUCUUCACCAUACCCGCUUCCUAUAUUCGCCCAUUUGCGUUCUCCAAUGCUCCUUCCUGUGCAUUCCCCAGUGCUCCUGCCUGUCAAUUCCCCAAUGCUCCUGCCUGUACAUUCCCCAAUGCUCCUGCCUGUACAUUCCCCAAUGCUCCUGCCUGUGCAUUCCCCAGUGCUCUUGCCUGUGUAUUCCCCAGUGCUCCUGCCUGUACAUAAGUUUCUGACACCUGAAUGAAGGCUACUCCGACACCAUAUC